AAAAAUCAGAACAGAGGACGUUGGUUUGCAUAAACAAGCAAGUUAGAAAUGCAUUUUUGUAUUAUUUAUUUGAAUGAAUUAAAUAAGCCGUUUCAUGUCUAUCCUUGAAUCAAUUCUAAUCAAGGUUGAUGUAAUAAGUAAUUAAAUACUUUUUGGAGAGAGUAAUUUGUACAGUAAUCUAAUUACACUAUUGAAUAUGUAAUUAGUAACUAGUAAUUGAUUACUUUUUCAGAGUAACUUGCUCAACACUGAUUACAUCAUAAUCAUCAUCAUACAUCGCUGCAUCUGUGUUGCCUGGCAAGCACUUUGUUGAGUUGCUUUUGAAGAACUGCGACGCUUUACGUGAGAAUUCCAGCUCCUACGUCAGCACCACAGUCUUUCUACGUUAGCACCAAUAAAGUUGAACCGCUGUAAUCACAUGGACUACUUUACACUGGGUUGCUGUCUAUGGGAAGGGAACUAUCGCUUUAACUUGUUGUUAGUUUUGUUAUAUUAUUAUAUAUAUAUAUAUAUAUAUAAAUACCUCACCACAUUGCACCACAUGUAUACAGUAACAGUAUGUAUGUGAACAAAUAAAAAACAUUGAACCCUGUAAUAGAAAAUGUUUUAGUAAACAAAUGUGAAUGUUGAUUUUAUAUAGCACGAAACUUUCUGGAACUGGGUGUUCUGAGAAUUGACACAAGGCACUUCUGUUAAGAUGUUUCCUGUAUUUUCCACACCAACCCCCUGAACACUUCUGGUUAAUAAGCAGAAUCACGGAAGGAAGGAUGAACAAGAACAGAAAAAACAGACAUAUAGUCAUACAGUCUGUGAUGAACAUCAACUGCAAAUAUUAAAUGAACACAUUAAAUCUUUGUCAAGUACAGAAAAUAUAUAUAUAAGCAGAUCAGGGUAAAGAAGGGUUAAAGUUCCCUCUGAACCACAACUGCUCACAGUUCACGCCCACUAAAGGAAAAAGAAAGGCUCUUAUAGACACACAUGCCAUAUUGACAUUGCUCUGUAACAGGACAUCAUGUUUCUACAGUAUCUGCUCGCAUGUAUUGUGCUCGGACCUUUUCAUUCUCAGGCCAAAGUGGUCAACAACUUUACGGAGUGUGAAGAAUUUUUCUACAAAGGCAAAGAACCACAAGGAAUGGAUACGGAAGCCAAGAAAAUCUGUCAGAUAAGGAAUGGAUCUAAUGUUGAUUUUGCUACACUCAAUUCAUUUGAUUUUGCUACACUCUAUUCAUUUGAUUUUGCUACACUCUAUUCGGUUGAUCACAGAAUUCCUCUGUACAGUGCGUAUACACUUGAUGAUCGAUGCUUAAAAAAUAAAGACCCACAAGAUAAAUGCAAAAAAUGGAAGAUUGAACCACAGCUUGUUUCACCAGAUGAACCUGCUUACAUGAUGACUGAGAGAGAGUACAUUUCUUCUAAUCUCAGUAGAAAAGAUCAUUUAAAAAGAAAUCAAGCCAUCAGUGAGGACUAUAGUGACACAGGAUAUGAUCGAGGUCACCUUUACCCCAACAGCUUCGACUACAAUGAUCAGUAUAUGGUGACUUAUACACUGACCAAUAUUGCACCUAUGGAUCCAUGUUUUAACCGUAUAUACUGGAAGAAAUCGGAGCAAGAAUUGAAAAGAUUUUUAAUAAGCAAACUUAGACUAGAUAUUUUUGUGACAGUCUACAUUGUCACAGGUGCUGUACCUGGUGAUGACAGAAUACCAGACUGUGGGGACAGCCGGGAGUCUGGAAGGGUUACGGUUCCCUCCCAUAUCUGGACAGCUGUCUGUUAUAAACACCACUUCUUUGACACAAAGUCUUUUUCCUUUGGCUAUAUAGCAAAAAACCAUCAUGAAUUGAACAUAAAUCCCAUGAGUAUUUCAGACAUGAAUCAGCAGCUCAGUGAAUUGUAUAGUAGAGGUUCAGGAACUACUCCACAAAUUCAGAUUUUUGAUGAUGAUUGUUUCGGUGCCAAAUCUAAGGUUCCUAAAAUUUUUGAUCAAAUGAAAUCAACAAAGCUAAAAAUACCUCCAAAGUUUGAUGAGGCUCAAAAUAACUUUCAUGCAGUCGAAAGAUUCUUGAGUACUGACAGUAAGAUGCCCCCUACAAAGGUCUACAAAGGUAGACUUGCUGAACUGACAGCAACACUUGUCUUUGACAGUUCAGUCUCUUAUUUCACCUCACUAGAAGUACUGAAAGAUGAGGCUCGAAGUGCUUGUAUGAUAACUUCUGCCAAAGAACGAUACUGGUCUGAUCGCUCUGAGCUCAGAAAAAGGGAGGUGUCUGAGGGAUCUGAAGCCGUCCAAUGUCUGUUGGUGCCAGAGAAAUCUGUGGAUGGGAAGACCGCAGCCGAUGGCUCGCCGUGCAGCAAUUUUAAAGAUAAUAGUAACAGAUGUACAUGUUCAACACAAAAGGGUAAAGAGAAGUUCUGCUGCUCCACUCCUUGCCUGUACCAGAAGGGACUGAAGGGCUACCGGUGUUACUCAGGGCAGACACAGAUAAAGUGCUCACCCCAGUACUCGCUCCUCGCUAUCAGAGGACAGAGAUGUGUAAACGAUCACCCCUGUGCCACAUACGGAGAAGACUACUACUGGUGUUACACAGCCAUUGGACUACUGAAGAAAGACUGGGAAUACUGCAGCCCACCGCUGCUGGGAAGUAAGGCUAAAGACGGAAAGUACUGCCGCAGCGAUCACGCCUGUGCCAAGUACAGCUCGGAUCCGUGGUGUUACACGGAUGAUGACGAGAACUGGAACUACUGCUGUACUUCUGAUGACUGCUUCUCAGCUGUCAACUACAAGACCUGCAAGCCUGAUCACCCAUGUGGUUACUAUGGUAAAAAUUACUUGUGGUGCAGAACCACUGACGACAACUGGAAUUAUUGUUGCACAGACUGUCGCAAGUAAUCAAAGCUUUAUGCAUUAAUAAGUAGGCCAACAACAGCUGAUUUACAUGUUAAAUUGUUAUAGCACUUACUAACCUUGAAAUUCUUGUCUACAUCAAAUAAUAAUUUGAAAACAUCGAAGGAAAUAUUUGAGCGCAAGAUGCAUGGAAUUGUGACCCCCUGAAUCGUAAUCGAAUUGAUUUGCGAAGUGAUACAUAAUGCAAUCAGCUGUGUGUUUUGGGGUAUUUACAACAACAUUUUAUAAUCAUACUUUUUAUUUCCUUAGAGUGGUUUGCUUUUAACAUUAUUAAGUGUAUAUCUAAUUUUGUCAUUCUGUCUAUAAAGAUUUAUUCGAUUUUAACCUUUAGUAAAAACAACUUUUUUGAACUCAUUCCUUGUCGCUCAUCUGAUCUGUGAAAGCUUGGCAUGCAUCCUCCCCAGACCCUCCUAACAAAAAGUCGUCAAAAGAAUUUUGAUGUGUUUAAUUGUUUAGCAGAUAUGAUUUCUUAUGUCAUGCGUGGCCCAUUAUGAUUAAUAUGCCUAUAUCUUGUCGUGUGUACACAAAAGUUUCAAUGUGCACAACAGAACAAGCAAAUUUCAGGAAUUAAAAAAAUAGGUGACCACUAGCAAUCAUUUCUACUCCCAGAUAAAGGCUGUAGUUCCUUCUUUUGUCCACCAGAGGGUAGACUCGAGAAUAACAGCACAUACAAACAUUUUUGUUCUUAUUGAUUACGUUUUAAAUGUUGCAAUCAAUGUUUAAAUACACAGAAAUUAACUUAUGGAAACAUGGUACUACACUGACAAUGUCUUCUGAGAUUUAUAAUAACUCAAUAAAUCAUUUCAAUUUAUUGUGUAUACAGUAUGUAAACAAAAUACAUGUUGUGUCUGAAAUGUGCUACUGCAAAGUUUGUUACAAAGUCAGUUGUAAGCAUGACAACAGAAUCCGCAUUAUCCCCUGGAUUUGUUCUUUAAAACUGUCCAGUUGAGACCCUCUUUCAUAUUUCUUUCCAACCUCCUUUGACCCCAA